UGCUCACAAGCCCCACCCUGCUCUCUGUUACACGCGAGCAAACCCAGCUUCUGUUAUGGCAGGAGCUGCACAUAGGCAUUCACUAAACAGCCGCGGCAUGCCUCUCUCCCUGACAGCACCCCCCUGCCCUCUGAGGAGACAGACAGACGGAGCUGAGAGCAGCCUGUAGUGUCUGACGCCCUCACAUCACCAAAACAGAGUGGAAAUAACUGCUGCCACCAGGUACCAAAAGUCCAACCAGAUAAUGUGGCAGCAAAUUGUUUGAACAACUGACAACAAAAAAGUGAUGGAAGGACAAAAUGGAAGUAUCUUGCACCGUAAAACCACUGGGAAUGGAACUAGAGGGAAGCCCCCAUACUCAGUGGAAACCCCUUAUGGCUUUCAACUUGACCUGGACUUCCUCAAAUACGUGGAUGACAUAGAGAAAGGCAACACAAUCAAAAGAGUACCAAUCCAGCGUCGAAGCAAAGGCCCCCGAGCCAGCACUCUUCCCAGGCACCUCAACCCUUCUGGGUGCGGGUACCGCCCAAGCCCCUGGGGAUCUACUGGAGCUCUUGGCCCAAGGUCAAGACUGUCAGACGCCCAUCACUAUGGCUACAAUUCCUGUGCAAAUGAUCAGAGAUCCCAACUUUCUCCCACAGGUCUCCGAUCUCUGGCAGAGAUGGAGGCCAGAAUCAAGGAGUUUGAUGAGCAACCUUUGGGUGAGCACAUCAGACCUCAUCUCCUCCGGGCCUCCAGUAUGCCACUUACAGUAUUACUGAGGCAGGGAUCAGAGUCCACAGACGAGCCCGGAAGCCUCCGGAGUUCGAGGGACCACCUUGGGGAGAGAAACCCCUCCUGUGAAGACGUGUUCUACUCCUCGGACAGCCCUCGACCCCAGGACUGCUCAGGGCUGUUGAGACGCCUGACCGAGGCUCUCGAACGUGUGGGGGAGCUGGAGAUGGAGGUGAGGGUGGUUCCAGAGCUCAGGGCGCAUAUCUGCAUCCUUCAGGAGGAAAGAGAAAGGCUCCGACUGGGAUUAAAACCACAGAUUCAAACCCCACCAAUGAAUGGAACCACAGACCGUAACACCUCCUCCAAUUACGGCAUUAUGGAUAUCAAAAGGCCUCGACAUGAAAGUCACGUCAUGUUUCCUAGAAAUCACCAGAUCAGUCGCGAGGACUCUAAUCCCAUGCACGAGUGGAGGACUAGUACAGAUCUGGAUGAGCUGCUGACGGUGACGUCCCUGCAGGCUAAGGUAGCUAUGCUGGAGCAGAAGCUCCAUGAGACUGGCCUAGAGCUACAUAGAGCUUUAGGUUUGCUAAAGGAGCAGCAAGAGGAGAGCAGGAGGAAAGAUGAGAAGAUGGAGAACCUUAUUAGGAACCCUGCAGUGUGGGUUCAUGCAGAGAGGGUGCUGGUAGAACAGGAUGGAGAUGACACUGUUGUGAGAUCCCUUGAACCAUAUAUCAAAGUGUCAAGUCCAGAUGCAAGAACUGUUUCUGCAAAUGGACAAAAAAGUCAACAACAAGACCUGGCAGUGUCUGUUAAACCUGAAGACUCUUCAGAAGAAACAGCAGUGGUUGCCCAUCAUAUAACACAGAUCAAGAGGCUGCUGUAUAAGCAGUGGGAGUGUUUGUGUGCAGAACAUGCGUCAGGAAGUGAGGGUAAACCUCUACAGCACCCUGACCCCAAAGUCAACGCCUUGCAGCAGGAGAUGAUGGGACUUGUGAACAUCCUUACAUCCUACUACACCCAACAUGGAUGCAGUGGUGAAGAGAGUAUCCAACAUGGAGCCUCUAAAUCCCCCAUGCGGACAGACGGAUGCGCCCUGAUGUCAAAAAGCCUCCAUUCUGUGGGUGUUAAUGAUGGUCCCCAAAAUGGAAAUCUGGUUGGGCAAGACUGUGUGAACCAAAGCAUGCAAAAUCAAAGUAGCAUCCGCCCUACGGAGAUGGCUGUUCCCCAGGAAGAAGCAGACCCAGAGUUGAGACUGUCUGAGGGACUGAGGUACACGAGCCCAGACGGACAGAUGAUACCGGGAGGAGCAGGAUCAGAGCGGACAGAUGGAGGCGUAGCGUCUGUGGAAGCUGAGAAAACAGCCAAAACGGAACCCCCAGGAGAACAGAUGGAGGGGAAGUCUGGCUCACAAACCAGCACCGGGGGCGGGGAGACGGUGAAUGCAGAUUUUCUGGCUGCCUGUCAGUUCCUCAAAGAUCACAUGGACAACAUGGACAACCCCAAUGAAGACAUGAGGAAGGCCCUGGUCGUGUUGUUCCAGCACUGGUUCAGUGCGGCAGCAGAGGAGGCCUCAGUGUGCAGCAUGGUGGCUGAAUACCUGAGAGAAGUGAAGAGAGUCACUCCUUCAUUGCUGCCCUUCUUGAUCAACAUGGCCGACGACAACGGCAACACUGUGCUGCAUUACAGCGUGUCCCACUGCAACUACAGCAUCGUCAGCCUGAUCCUGGACACAGGUGUGGGUGAUUUGAGCAUUCAAAACAACGCAGGCUACACCGCAGUGAUGCUCGCCUCGUUGACCGCCCCUGAUGGACCUGGCGGCAUGGAGGUGGUCCGCAAGCUAAUGGAGCUGAGCAACAUUAAUAUACGCUCCAGCCAGACGGGCCAAACAGCUCUGCACUUGGCUGUGAGACAUGGGCGGGUUGUGAUGGUUCGUCUGCUGCUGAGCUGUGGAGCAGACAUUAACCUGCAGGACAGAGAGGGAGCAACGGCCCUGAUGUUCGCAGCUGAGAGGGGCCACACACACAUCGCAAGGCUGCUGCUGGAGAGGAGCCAGUGUGACCUCACUCUGACCGACAAGCGUGGUCAAACUGCUCUCUCCAUCGCCAUGCAAGGCUCCCACACUGACACUGCUGCCCUGCUGCAGGCCCAUGCUAAAGCUCGAGCUUUGUAGCCUACUGGAAAAAAGAAUCUGAAGAUAUUUGAUGCUCUCACAUUUGCUCUUUUCUGUCUGAUGCACUUUGAACCCGUUUAAUGCUGAUGCUGUUUGCCUGGGUUGAGCCUCUGCUGUCAUAUUUUUUAUGAUUUCUGGACAUUAACACCAGCAUUAGCUUGUUUUUGUAUUGGAUGAUGUAGUUAAGGAAAAUUAAUUUGUAUAAGGGAUAAAGCUUACCGUGCCAUCAAUCCUGAUACAGUACACAAUAAAUGUGCUGCUUACUUUUGUCUUUAAUGUUAAAGGUCCCAUGUCAUGCUUUUCCGGUUAUUACCCGUCCCCUUGUGUUAUGAAGGUUUUUAUGCAAGUAAACGGUGUGCAGAGUCACAAACCCUCAAAGUACACCCUGUAGGGAGUAAAACUAACACAGAAAAGACCCGUCUAUGCUGCCCCAGAACGCCUCGUUAGAGAUUUCUCUUUUUCAUUUUUUUCUUCCGGGAACCAAGUGACGUAACGACGACCCCAUGGGCCAAUUGGUCCAAUCCGCGGAGCCGUUAAGUUACGUCGGCGAAGCCGUUACUUCCUCACACACACACUUAAUCUUUUCUCCUCCCUGAGACGGCGGGACGCGGCGAGGCUGUGAGUCUGUGUGUGAGCACACACACAAACUCCCAGCCAGGCUGUGGGUGUGUGUGUGUUCGGGCUGGGUUUCGCUAUGUCUUGCUGUCUCGCAGAAGGCCACUGGGCUCACAGGGAGGGGGGGGGGCAGGAGCUCCAACAAGCCGUUUAGGACAGAGAGUGAAUACACAUACUAUACAGAGAUGCUGUUUGAGAAACCAAUGUGAGUUUGGAACAUUGAACAAUGUAAAUCUAUUUUAGUAGACCUCAACAAUGGAAUUAUGAUCAGUAGAAAUGGCCAUGACAUGGGACCUUUAAUAUAAAGACAUUUCUGAUCUUUGCACAUCCAAAUACAAGCUUAUCUUUGCAAACAAAGCUUUACAAAAAUAUGUUUAUUAGAUAAAUUGUAUGGGCCAUAAGUAUAUGUUGAAAACUAUUACAAAUUCUGUUUUUUUUUGUUUUCAGAAUCGUACCGAUCAUCAUAUACAUUCUUAGCAAUUUUAAAAGAUAUAAAAAUAUACAUGAAAAGCAAAAUGUUGCAAACACUUGUAAGACAAUACAUUUUGGUGCCAAUAAACCAUUUUGCUAGUAUUUGCUAUACUGAUGUAUAAACUGCCUUUUAAGAAUAAAAUACCCCAAAUCCGAUUUGUUUUAAAGAGCGGAACAUGCUCUUAUAUAUGGUGGGGCAUAAGAAA